CCGAUCAGAGAGAGAUGGCAGAAACCGCCCCAGCCCCGGCUGCUGCCGCCCCGGCCAAAGCGCCCAAGAAGAAGUCAGCUGCGAAAGCCAAGAAAGCAGGUCCAGGCGUCGGUGAGCUCAUCGUCAAAGCUGUGAGCGCCUCCAAGGAGAGGAGCGGCGUGUCCCUCGCCGCCCUGAAGAAAGCUCUCGCGGCCAGCGGCUACGACGUGGAGAAGAACAACUCCCGCGUCAAGAUCGCCAUCAAGGGCCUGGUGACUAAAGGCACCCUGGUGCAGGUCAAAGGGACCGGCGCCUCGGGCUCAUUCAAGCUCAACAAGCAGCAAGCCGAGACCAAGAAGAAGCCGGCCAAGAAAGCGGCUCCUAAAGCGAAGAAGCCCGCGGCCAAGAAACCCGCUGCUGCCAAGAAGCCCAAGAGCGCCGCGGCAAAGAAGCCCGCCGCUAAGAAAUCGCCCAAGAAGGCCAAGAAACCCGCCGCCACAGCCGCUAAGAAGGCGACGAAGAGCCCCAAGAAGGCAAAGAAGCCAGCAGCCGCUAAGAAAGCAGCCAAGAGCCCCAAAAAGGCCAAGGCGGCUAAACCUAAGGCGGCAAAGCCUAAAGCCGCCAAGCCUAAAAAGGCAGCUCCCAAAAAGAAGUAAAAAUCUGUUUGUUCCUCAACGGCUCUUUUAAGAGCCACCCACUAACUCUGAGUAAAGAGCAAAACUGUGUAUGUUAAUGAUUUCUCUUUAAUUUCAAAGGAAGAAGUGAAGAUGAGACCU